AUGGGUGCCUGGCUGGGGCUGCUGCUGCUGCUGGGCCCAGCGGCGGCGGCCGUGGCGCUGCGCUGGCUGCUGGGGGAGCUGGCGUGCGGCGCGCUGCUGGCCGGGGCCGCGCUGGCCUGGCCCUGGCUCGGGCCCUGGGCCCCGUCGUGGCUCAGCGUCGGCGCGGCCGCGCUGGCCCUGGCGCUGCUGCCCCGGCGGCCGCCCCCCGCGCUGCGCUGGCUGCCGGCCGACACCGUCUACUUGGCGCGCCUGCUGCGCCUGGGGCUGCAGGCGCGCGCGCGGAUGAGCCGCCGGCCGCCGCUCACCUUCGUGGACGCCUUCGAGCGGCGGGCGCGGACACAGCCAGACCGCGUGUCCUUGGUGUGCACGGGGCCCCAGGGUCGCACGGUCACCUACCGAGAGUUGGACAGCCAGGCCUGCCGGGCGGCGUGGACCCUGCGGGGCGAGCUGCGCGGCCCCGAGGACACGGCCGCCCUCCUGGUGCUGGCCUCGCGGGCCAUCCCAGCCCUGGGCGUGUGGUUGGGGCUGGCCAAGCUGGGCUGCCCCGUGGCCUGGAUCAACCCCAACUGCCGUGGGGCCACGCUCGUCCACGCUGUGCUGAACUCUGGGGCCCGCGUGCUGGUGGUCGACCCAGACCUCCGGGAGAGCUUGGAGGAGAUCCUUCCUAAGCUGCAGGCUGAAGACGUCCACUGCUUCUACCUCAGCCACUCCUCCCCAACGCAGGGGGUGAGGGCUCUGGGGACAGCCCUGAAUGCUGCGCCCACGGACCCGGUGCCGGCCCACCUGCGGGCCGGGCUGACGCCUCGCAGCCCAGUGCUGUUCAUCUACACCUCAGGAACUACUGGACUCCCCAAACCAGUCAUCAUCUCCCACGAACGGCUGCUGCAAACGGUGGGUAUGCUGGCCCUCUGCGGAAUCACAGCGGAAGACGUGUUCUAUGUGGCCAUGCCGCUGUACCACACCAUGGGGCUCAUGCUGGGAAUCAUUGGCUGUCUAGAGUCCGGAAUCACCUGCGUCUUGGCUCCCAAGUUCUCUGCCUCCAGCUUUUGGGAUGAUUGUCGGAAGCACAGUGUAACUGGAAUCCUGUAUGUGGGUGAGGUCCUGCGGUACCUGUGCAAUGUUCCCCAGCGACCCGAGGACCGGCAACACAAGGUCCGCCUGGCGAUGGGCGUGGGGCUCCGGGCAGACGUGUGGGCCACGUUCCAGCAGCGCUUUGGCCCCAUUCGGAUCUGGGAGUUCUACGGUUCCACCGAGGGCAACUGCGGCUUCGUCAACUACGUGGGGCGGUGCGGGGCCCUGGGCAAGAUAAGCUACCUCCUCCGAUUGCUGACCCCGUUUGAGCUCCUGCGGUUUGACCCGGAGACCGUGGAGCCCUUGCGGGACGACCGUGGCUUGUGCAUCCCCGUGGAGCCAGGGGAGGCGGGGCUGCUGGUCAGCCGGGUGACGAAGCACACGCCCUUCCUCGGCUACCGCGGCCCCCGGGAGCACACGGAACGCAAGCUGAUACGGAACGUGAAGCGCACGGGUGACGUUUACUUCAACUCCGGGGACGUGCUGGCCAUGGACCACGAGGGUUUCCUCUACUUCCGCGACCGCCUCGGAGACACCUUCCGGUGGAAGGGGGAGAACGUGUCCACCCGGGAAGUGGAGAACGUGUUGUUAAACGUGGAUUUUCUGCAGGAUGUGAACGUCUACGGAGUGUCUGUGCCAGGGUGUGAGGGCAAAGUGGGCAUGGCUGCUGUCCAGUUGGCCCCGGACAAAGUGUUUGAUGGGCAACAGCUGUACCAAUAUGUCCAGACUUGGCUACCUGCCUAUGCUGCCCCCCAUUUCAUCCGAAUUCAGGAUGCUCUAGAAACCACGGGCACCUUCAAACUAGUGAAGUUUCAGCUGGUGCGUGAGGGCUUCAACGUGGGCACCAUCACAGACCCCCUGUUCAUACUGAACCGUCAGGCCAAGGCCUUCCAGCCACUGACGCCAGACAUUUAUGAAGCAGUGUGCACUGGAACCUGGAGACUCUGACUGCUGGGUGCACCCAUGAGACAAAGAACAAGGCAUCACGCCGACCUCUGCCCUUUGCCUGCACAGGAUCAGCGUGCAUCCCUGAAGAGCCACAUGCCCUGCCCCGCUGUGUGGGAUGAGGACCCUGAACCUAGGGACAGAGGGAGAAUAAAGGGGUACACAGCUGUGUGUAUGGAAGAAGUAAAGUAUGCACACGAGUUUUAGGGUACAAAA